AUGACUCAAGGAGCAGUGCUUGCCCAGGACAUCAGCGUUGCCAUGCGGGUAAAGAAGAAAUAUCCCUCCCAGCCCAUCAGCCUCUCCGACCGCUACAAAUAUGUGUUCAUGUGGCUUUGUGGAACGUCCGCCAGAAGCAUCGCGAGGCAGCACGGCUGUAUUAAUAAUGAAGGUUGUUCUUGUAUUUUGCCUCCGAAGAGAGGCAGGAGUGGAGCGUGGUGGGGGGCGGUGGAGUCAGUGCUCACCAGCCACGCCCCGUGCCAGCACGCUUGCCUGCUGCUUGCUGACCAACAUGAGGAGUUAGAGGUGACGCAAGCGCCGCGGGGCGUCAGAGUGCUGCGGGCGGUAGGCGACAGCGUCAACGGUUCUGAUGGAAGCCACGGCCGCCUCAGGGAGACGGUUGACGGGGUUCGUGAGCUAGGAGAGGUGUGGCAGUGCCUGGUGGUGGUGGUGGUGAGUGAUGACCCAGCCUUCCUCGCCGCCUUCGCUCACCUGUCACUCAGGCGUCACGCCCUCAGGUGGUCCACGAGGAUCCUUGUCCUCACUCGCCUCCCUCUCAGCCACCUUGGCGGCCUGCAUGGCCUUCUCUCCAACAGGAACGCCAUGCUGCUCCGAAUCCAAGAUCAUAAAACUUCCAGAUCUGUCAGGCGGGUGGGCGUGUUCGUGUGGCAGCCGUACAGCGCCCGCGGCAGCACGCCCCUGAGGGUGGCCACCUGGACGCCGCACGGGAGGCUGACUCUCGCCUCCCACAUGUCGCUCUUCCCCGAUAAGUUCUCAGUGUUCAGCUCCGCGCCGCGCCUGAAGGUGGUGGUGGAGCUGCUCCCUGGGCACAGCCUGUCCUGGGUCGACGACGCGGGCGAGCCCGGCGGUCGUCGCCUGGAAUACACGGGGUACAUAAGUGACGUUGUGAAGUACUUUGCUACAAGGAUGAACUUCACAACUACGUAUGUGUUGUCCCCCGAGAGAACCUUCGGCAGCAGAAUGCCGGACGGCUCCUGGACCGGCAUGAUCGGCAUGGUGGUGCGGGAGGAAGCGGAUUUUUCACCGGGGCCUUUCGCAUUCAGUCACGUUCGAUACGAAGCUGUCGAUUACACAUAUGCGCUCUUCCAUGCAAGCGUAAAAAUACUUAGCGGUCUAACUGGACUAGAGACAGACCCGUGGGGCUUCCUGCUGCCCCUCACGCCCCUGGUGUGGGCAGUCACCCUGGCGGCGCUGCUGGGGGUGCUCCUCGCCCUACAGCGGCUUCCAUCCUGCUUGCCCGGCAGGUCGCUUUUUCGCGGCGAUUGGUCGGACAACACAUCAAGCUCUGUCCGCGUCCUCCUGCAGCAAGACGUGGUGUGGCCCGCGGAGUGGUGGUGGUGGGAGCGUCUGCUGCUGGGGCUGUGGAUGCUGACGGUACUAGUGUUAUCAAAGAGUUACUCCGGCAACCUCAUGUCCCUGCUGGCCGUGAGAUACGUACCGCAGCCCUUCCAGACUGUGAGGGACGUCCUGGACCACCCGAGCGUGGUCAUGAUCUGGCAAAAGUAUUCCACUUACGAACAGCUUGUCAGGGACGCCACAUACGGGGAGAUACGAGAGGUGGCCGGAUUGGAGAAGGAGGGUCGCCUGGAGUUCCACAGACAGGCGCGCUAUAUGGAGAGUCUCGACACCCUGGUGAGGGUGGGCGGCCACGUGCUUGUCGAUACUGAGAACUCUCUGAAGAAGCUCAUUGCCUCAGACUUCACCAACAAAGGGCGGUGUGACUUUUACCUCUCCAGAGAUGGGUUUCUUUAUUCUUCGUUCGGGAUGGUAAGCCAGAAGACCAAUCCUCUCGUACAUGAAUUCAACAAGAGAGUUCUGGUAUUAAGGGAGCAGGCUUUAAUUCAAUAUGGGAUGGAGAACGUUCCAAAUUUUACCGAGUGUGAAAACAUUCCCAAGAAGAUGUUGAUUAUGUCAUCCUUCUCUGUCUCUAACAUCUGGGGAGUGUUUGUGUUGCUGGUCGGGUGUCUGAUUGCCGCCCUGGUGGUGUGGUGCAUGGAGCUCACGUGCCGCCGCUAGGAAGAUUCACUCACUCUCCCCCCACCCAAAGUUUCACAGGGUCAUUAAUGGAUUAGCUAAUGAAUAAAACGGGAAUAUCGGAUAACUCUCACUGCUUGUCUAUCUUUGUGUCUAUGCAUCUAUAUAUUUAUGAAAGAAUAAA